AUGACUCAGGCUGCUGCUCUCUUCUUCAAAGAAGAAUUUGGCCAAUCUACCGAAAGUGCUGCCGCAAUUGCCAGUAUCUUUGGCUUUAUCAAUCUUUUUGCACGAGGUAUCGGCGGUUACUGCAGUGACAGGACCAGCGCCUACGCUGGAAUGCGUGGAAGAUUAUGGUGCCAGGUCAUCAUGUUCGUUGCCGAGGGCUUGCUGGUGAUUGUAUUUGCCUACACGCACACCUUGGCCGGCGCUAUUUUUGCCAUGAUGAUGUUUAGCGUCUUUGUCCAGGCCGCGGAAGGUGCCUCGUACGCGAUUGUCCCGUACGUGGAUCAUAGCGUGGCUGGAUCCGUCACGGGGAUCGUCGGAGCGGGAGGGAAUUUAGGAGGCGUUGCGUUUGCACUCCUUUUCCGGGAGUUGAACUAUCGCCGUGCCUUUUUGUGGAUGGGGUGCGCCGUGAUUGCCAGUGCAAUCCUCAGUCUAGGUAUCCGAAUCCCUGGCCACCGAUCUAUUUUGCGAGGUCACGACGCCUCGGAGAUUGUGGAAGCGCGCACCAAGGCAGGGCUACCCGACAUGGUGAUACUCGAUACGCACGCGUCCGACGUUGACAUUCUCGAGGGCCCCAGUUCCGCCACGAGCGUAGACCUGGCUAUAGAUUUUUGA